CUUAAAAAUUUUGUGUUCUUUGUUGUAUACGUCAUUUAAUAAUUCAAAAACUGUUUCGAAUUUUAAACGCAAUGUUAGAAUAACAAUUCGAAUUAACAAUUAUGGUAGAAAGUCAGAAACAAAUGAGCCCUGCUUUGACUAAAUCGUAAAACAACAGUGAACGGACAAUCUUUUUAAUUCAUUUUUUAAAUAGUAAUAACAUCAAUGGAAAAUUUAUCAAAUACUACCAUCACUAGCACAAUCAAAUUCGAAAAUCAAUCAGUGUAGUACAAUGUGGCUCGUUGUGAUUAUGUCUGUGAUGCUGGCUAAGAGUGUGUCUGCAGGAUGGAAUAAUACAAUCUACUAUAAAGUAUUAGUGGAUUCUUUCAAGGAUUCUGAUGGUGAUGGCUUGGGAGACCUGAUAGGCGCAACAAAACAGUUGAGUUAUAUUCGAGCGUUAGGAGCUGAUGCUGUUAUUUUAUCUCCAAUUAACGCCAAGAGCCUUGACUGUGACCACCCAGGUACUGUAGGUUUCACCGAAAUUGACCAACGCUAUGGUAAUGAAGACACAGUAAAAAAAUUAAUUGAAAAAUCUCGAAAAUUAGAUCUAAAGGUGUUAGUAAGUGUAGACGUGCGCAGCAUUAGUACUUUAUCAGAAUGGUUCAACCUUAGCGCUGCAAGGACUUUAGGUUAUGAGGACUGGGUUAUAUGGCGAGACACACCAGCCGACCCAACGAUUGAUGGCGUAGAGUGGGUGUGGAAUGACAUCAGAAACUCUUAUUACGCUUCUAUUAAUAACGAAACUCAACUAAACCUCUGCUCAGACGGUGUAACGGAAGCUUUUAGGAGAGUUCAAUGUAUUUGGCUUCAGCGAGGCUUUGCGGGACUUGUACUCAGUCCCGAUUUCGCCAUCAAUAGUGAAUGUGGAAUCAAAUUCGUACAAAAAAUGGCUACAUACGCACUCAGUUGUACCAGAGCCGCUAAUAUCAAGCCGUAAGAAUUUAACAAUCAUGUUAUAAACUCAAAUAUAUUUUAAAAUAGUUAAAAUAUUCAGACAGUAAGUGACAAACAAUUUUCAGACGUACCUAAUGGAUAGGCUCAUAAAAGCAUUUAAAAUAAGAACGCUUAAUUCAACUGUUUACCAUUAAUUAAUAAUCUAUUUCCAGAAUAACUUUAGCUGAUACAGCGUUCGAAAUAGAAGCCGCCGCAAGGUACUACGGAGACAGUGUCACUGUAAUAAGUAAUGCCUUAACUGGCCCGGUGAG